CAUCGUGACAGCUCCGCAACCCCCGAGCAGCUCCCAAAAGUGUAUUUCUAUGUAAACACUCCGAACCGCUCCUUCGUGGCGGCGCCGUCCUUCCCCGCAUCCCCGCCAUGGAGCUCCAACGCAAAGAGUACCCAGCAUUGCUGGACUCCCUCCCGCCCGCGCAAGCCGUACACAUCCUCAAUGACCGAAUGAAACAUGUCAGCCACCUGAAUGCGCAGAUUGCGGACUGGCUGCAGGAACGGCGCCGAGUGGAAGAAGCCUACGUCCAAGGCCUGCGGAAACUGGCGAACAAGCAUCCUCCCGAUGAAUCUUCGGAUCUAGGCAUCUUCUCGACGCCAUGGCAGAAGAUUGUCGCUGCCACCGAGGCUGUCGCCGAAUCGCACCACCACCUAGCGCAGAAAAUCGAGGCCGACGUCGAGCGCCCGUUGCGAGAGUUCGCUGCGACGAACCGAGAAGUCCAAGCCAUGUCGACCAUCUCGGGGAACCUUGCGGCAAUGGCGCGCGACAUUGACACGGCUAAGAAGAAGUCAGACAAGUUGCGGGACAAAGGCGCAAAGGCCAAGGCUUCCUCUGUUGCCAACGCAGUCGCGGAGGUCGAAAAUGCCACCCUGCAGUGGGAAUCCCAGGCUCCGUACGUUUUUGAGAAGCUGCAGGCCGUGGACGAAAGCAGGCUCAACCACCUCCGCGACGCCCUCACCCAGUUUCAGACCCACGAAGUCGAUCAAGUAGAGCGAAACCGCAUCAGCGCAGAGGAGACAUUAAACGUGCUGCUCAACAUCGAGACCGCUGACGAAAUCCAUACCUGGGCCUUGAGAAUGCGGAGCGGAGAGAAGCCGCACGCCAGCCGGAAAGGUAGCAGCGUGGGGACACCAUCAAGGCACUUAGCACCACCACCGGUCCCUGCAACUCCUUCGAUUCAGGCAGACGACGAUAGAAGCCAAAAGAGUGGCUCAGCACCAGAAGCGAAGCACAGCUCAAAUCCUCUCAAACGAUUUGGUACAGUCCUUGGUCGCCGGAGACAGAGUAUGCACCCGUAUGGAAGAGCAUCAUCACCGGAAAGGAAGUCAUCCUCGAACCUAGGCGCAGCAUUUGGUGGAUUCGGCAAAGGCAAGGCAAAGGACCGUGAGGCUCCCGGAUCCUCGUCGGAUCGUCCCGUAUCACCCCUCAGGAGGCUUUCGUCAACGCCGCGAGCAUCGGAUGCCUCCAGCUCGCCAAAGCAGACACGACAGUCCAACGACAGACCGAAUGGAACAAGCCCUGAACCAGCUGCAGAGGCUGCGCCUAGCUCUAGUGCUAUCAACGGAACGAUACACGACACUAUCCCCGAGCUGAAGGAGCCGCUGUCGCCACCUCCACCGCCUGAGACUAAGCCAGAGCCUGAGAAGGACUCCGAGGGCUUUUCCGUACCUCCAUCUGCCAUUGAUGCGAUCACGGAAGCAGAACGAGAAGCGAGUCUCGCAUCGAAUGAGAGUAAUCCCCCGCCCCAAUUCAAGCUCGACAUCAAGAACGCACCUAUCCAAGAAGAGGAGGGCGAUCCCAAUGCAGCCAUGGCAGACAUGGCUAACACCCUGCGCGCGCAAGCUGCACCACCAAGGCGGUCUAACACCCUCCGCGGGCGCCGGGAUGUGCGCAACACAAUUUUCGUUCCAAAUCCUGCAACACCCGAACUGACAAGCAUUGGGGAAAUUCCUCCCCCCAUUCCAUCGGCUGGCUCCGGCUCCGCAACAUUUCCUAUGCCUGCACCUCCACCUCAACCAACAUCGCCAGCUUUCAAAGUACAACACAGGACCCUUCUGUCUGAUGAGCAUGCGGCAUCAGACACCCAAUCCGUCCGCUCCGGGCGAUCUCUAAGCAGCUCCGCUAGCACUACGAUCAAACACCCGGAUAUGCAUGAGCCAGGGCUCAAUUCGUCAUUGGUCGAGACCGUUAGCGCUUGGUUCGAACACGGCAACGUCACCAAGUCCAUGGUAAUCGGACAAGUCGCGUUAGCAUACAAUCCAAUCGAUAUUUCUGCAGGUCCAUUCGGUACCGACACUAUUCGACUAGAAAACUUUCCCGUCCUAGAGAAGGUGGCGCCAAACCCCGCGUUCAUCGAGCAGGUCCCCGAUAGUCCAGGCAACUACACGGUCGAUCUCUCUAAGAUUAUGAAGACGUCAGUAGCGUUCCACUAUCAAGUGCACCUCGAGAGCGACAACCUUACAUCCUUUGCGCCCAUCAUCCUCUCGCCGGCAUGGAAGACAGAGCCUACCCAGACGUCAGUGCUCCUCCACUACUCUCUGAAUCCGAAAUUCGCACUGGGCGAUGCAACAAGUAUCACUCUGCACAACGUAGUCCUGGUUCUUCGACUUGAGCCUGGCUCGAAAGCGACUUCUUGCCAGUCGAAACCGCCGGGCACUUUUUCUAGAGAGAAGAGUCUCAUCUACUGGCGGUUGGGGGAGGUGACCUUCUCUCGAGAUCAACCGGCGCAGGCUAUGCGUGUGCGCUUCCUCACGGAUGGCGAGGCGAAGCCCGGGAAUAGCGAGGCGCGCUGGGAGAUAACAGGGGCUGAGUGUCUCAGGCUAGGGAGCGGCCUCAGUGUCAGUCAGAGUGCCCCUAGCGAGUCGAAGCAGGAAGGAGAGUCGGACCCGUUUGCCGAUGCUGAGGAAAAUGCACCUCCACCGAGCCCGGCGCCGGCGUGGAAAUCCGUGGCCAGCAUCAAGCGUAUCACGAGCGGAACGUAUCUAGGAGUGUAAGGCUUGGAUAAAGCAGUGGGCCACGAGGCAGUAAGGCGUAGGGCGGGCCGCGCGAGCUGCCAGGGUUGACAUGCCCGGGCUGAACCAAGGUUGGACAUGGCGGGUCGGCGG